CAGAGUAACGCGUGCGAACGGAUUUGUUUCUCCGGGAAACUCAAAACACUCAAGCGGACCGCGGUGUCGCCACAUCUCACCUCAUCACACGACAUCCAGCGACGAGACCGGCGAGCUGAUGUCUUGGCGAGCUCCUGCCUCAAGGAUGGUGGAUGGCGACUCACUGCAAGUUCUGAACUUGGAGCGCUAUCUCUCGCACAUUCGCCGCCAUCUUGUCCAGACGACGGGUAGCUUGUAAGUGAGGCCGCAUCAUCCUCUUGGAGUCUGAAUGUCACAGAGCUGGACAUAACAGGUGUUCUACGAACAGGAGUAAGGAUACAUUGCUCCACAGAACCGAGCCACCACCCCAGCUCAUACAAGAUGUAACCCCACCCCAGGUGGACCACCCAGAGUUUUCAAUCACCAAGUGGAAUCCAUAUCACCGGUGAAGCGACGCCAUUCCAACCUCGCCGCCUCGAUGUUCUGUGACAAAAAAAUAAUGAAACAAGUGCCUGUGUGUCUCCUCCCUGUGACAUAUUGUUGACUCAACCGUUGCCAGCCGUCGCGUGUCUGAGGAGAGUGAGGCGGAACUGCGGACUCACCCUCUGAGACAAUAAUUAUCCAAACGUUGUGAUGCAGCCGACAUGGCUCCAGCCUCCUGUGAUGCAAUCCAGUGACAAGUCUGCCAAAGGUCAGCACGGCGAGGUCAGCAGGCCCCGCCCUCUCGUCUGACAGUUCAUACAAGCUCUUCAAAACAUCGCGUGUUUGUUUUAAGCAGCUGCCGGGGCUGGGCUGCUGCUGAUGCUGGACGAACACCGCCAGCAAGGCCUGCAACUACCAACACAAUGCAGGAGGCUGGCGAGCUGAAGGACGUACGUAAGUCUGGCAGGUGUUGGGAGCUGCGUCCAUCAUCUGAUAACAGUGGGGCAGAGGCUGGUGGUAAUAACACGUGUCAGCUGCUGUGAGACAUUGAUACAUCCUUGGUGAGCGACAAAGACAAACUUGUCAACUCGUUUUUAUUUUGGGACUUUGCCCUCGUUCUUCUUAUUCUACAGUUCUGGAAGAUUCGACAUUGAAGAUGGUUCCAGACACAAACCAGUGCGUGGCGUUCAUGGUGGGCAGGGACAACAUGACCCGGGGUCAGCCCUUCCCGGAGCGACCCGUGCAGUCAGUCAUCGGCAUGUUGUCCUUCUUCUCCGUGCUGGGAACCCUCGGCAACGCCCUCGUCCUCUACGUCUACGUGCGCAAGAAAAACAAGAUCGCGUCCACCAUCUUCAUCAUCUGCCUGGCGGCCACAGACUUCGUCACUUCCUGUGUCAUCAUGCCCUUCACCAUCGUCAUGGAGUCGCUGGACUACACCAUCACCUACGACGCGCUGUGCAAGGUGUACUUCUUCCUCAUCACCUGCAAUGUCCCCUUCUCCGCCUUCAUCAUGGUGGCCAUCGCCAUCGACCGCUACCUGUGCAUCUGUCGGCCGCACUGCCACGUGCUGGAUUCCAAGCGCUCGCAGGUUGUGAUUGUUUUCUUGGCUCUGGUUUCUUCGCUGUUCGGAGUCCUGACAGCUCUGUUUCACAGUGUCUACGAUGUUCAAGCACUUCCCGAGUGGACUAACGAGUCGAUCGCCAGGGUGAAUGAAAGCCUUCUGAAGGAUAUCAUGACAUCAGACACCUACAAGGACGCUCGCAAUGUCUCGGCCUGCCAGAAACAAGAGUUCGCAGCCACCAACUUCCAUGAGUCACUAUGCGAGUCGACGAAGGCGCUGCUGGACGACCUGCUCAACCUCUACAUCGCCACGUGCGCCAGCUACAAACAAGUGACAAGAUACUCGGGUGUGUGCCAUGCAAACCAGCUCGUCUUCUCCACCUUCUUCCGCAAAACCUACCAAAAAAUCUACGCCUCCAUGUUCCUCGUCAGCUUCGUCAUCGUCUUCCUGCUCUACAUCAUCAUCUACCGCUCGGUCCUGCUGCACCGCCGCCGGCGGUACCGCGCGCGGCAGAACACCAACCUGCGUCUGCUGCGCGACGUCUCCGUCACAGAUUCGCAGGUCAACGCCGACAACCUGCACAACGGCUUCGAAAUGACGGAGCUGAACAGCGAGCGCCGCAAGGCCAUGCUGGAGUCAGACAGCUGCUUGAAGGAGAAGUACCUGCUGGCCAACAUCCGCACCGCCAUGAUGCUCUUCGUCGUCACGUUGGUGUUCGUGUUGGCCUUCUUGCCCUCCUGGCUGAUGGCGCACAACGUGAUGACUUUUCACGCGAUGGUGUUCUAUUGCUACUUCGCCUACAACGUGUCCAACCCCAUCAUUUACGCCUUCAUGAACCCCGCCUUCCGCAGGGAACUGAGAGACCUGUGGCGCCCCGCACAGCGAGAUAGAAGCGUGGCCACCCAGCGAGAGAAUUUGUCUGCCUGACACUAAAACUAAAUUCCCGGGUCCGCCCGCCAUCUUGGCCAGAUCAAUUUCACGGAGCAGCUUCAUCCGAAGACGACUGGCGACACGAGCUGCCAGUACUCCUCCCCCAUAAUCCACUGCUGAUGACGUCACCGCUACCCUGAUUAUGUCUGAUUAACUCGCCAGCGGCGCCUGUGCAAAUAUGUGUGCCCCUGACGUCGUGCUACAGUGUCUCGCAGAGUUAAGCCCCCUGAUCCUAUCCCGCCAACCACUCCCCGCUGUCCCUAGACCCACGAUGCUGGUGGCGCUCGGCAAGGAAUAAGCCGAGAUGAGGAUUAUCGUUCCUGACAUACAAAAAAAAUAAAAAAAACAAAAUUGUUUAUUUUGGGCGCGAGGUCCAAGCUUGGGGCACAUAACUGGAGAACUUUGCCUAAAUAUACAUGUGCAUGUGCAAAUUUCGUGAUGUCCACGUGUACAAAUGUAUAUUUAUCCGAUUUCUUGAUAUCGCACCAUGCGGAUGCUUACACAUCACACGUUUUGUUGACUGGUAAGCCGGGAAGAAGAUUUUAUUCUCGCCGCUCAUUUGUCUGUAUUUUGUCUUUUCUCGAUGUGAAUUCAAUGCCUUUGCUUGCGAGAUGAAUAUCUUGAAAUUACUUGUUGAAAAAGAAAAUAACAAAAAGUCUCAAUAACUUCAUGUGCUUAGAUCACGAUGCUGGUGCUCCUUUGUUUGUUGUUGUUAUUGUUGUUGGUAUACAUUUCUCACUUGAAGCCUUUGUGACUGUGUUAGUGUGCGUUGCCAUAGAGGACCAGGAGAUCGAAAAUGUGGAAAUGUUCAUUAGUUUGAAGAUUGACAUUGCAAACAAAGACAGGAUGAGUUGAGAUAUCCUCUUCAGUGAUGGAGAAACUAACUGUCGCUCGUAACGUAAACAAACAAACAAUAAAACUCUGCAUACUGAGGUUUUAACUACACUGUGCUCAUGAUUGUGAUUGUUUAUCUUUAAUCUCAACAAAACACAAUCACUUUAGUGAUGUCUGGACACAAAGUCAUUCAGUGUGUUUCUCAUGCCUAAAGUGACACGUGGAUGAGUGAAAAACUGGUGCCUGGUGUUCACUUUUCACAUAAAGGCAUCGGACUCGUGUGACAUUUACACUCUGGUGACUAAGUAGUUGUCUUUUGGGUGGUGAUGACACAAACAUUUCUGUUUACUUGUGUACAAGAUGUCAUUUUUGUCAUUGUCAGAUUGAAUGUAUUGUCCAUAAACGCCGGAUAUUUUAAGUAUUUGAAAAAAAAAAUGUUGUUUAGUGUCUUGUUUUCAAAAAAGGGUCUUUGAUGUGAAACAUCUAGUCUUGUUAGUUGUUUUCCGUUCGAGGUAAUAAAACUAAAAGA